CUAAAGAAGACUGAAACGAUACAACUGAUGUUAUGUUUCAAUGUAUUGAGAUUUGAGAAACAGCGCCCCUUGCGAACUUGUGAAACACUGCAGAAAUGCGGAAAUAAAUGAAAUUCACAACCACAUGUAUAUGUCAAAUCUCGCGGCUGUCAAAACAGUAUUAUAUUUUAUUAAAAUGUGUGUAAAUUCGAUAAUUUUUAUAAGAAAUUACGUAUGAGUCAUGUGUGAGGCAUUUUAUCAGUAUUCUUAUUCAGAAUGUGAGAGAUAUUUCAAUUUAUUCAUUCUUCUUUAUACACAAAGACAUAAAAACGACUUCAAGAAUUUCAAGAUAUUUAAUGAUUUUUACGGUUUUAAUCAAUAAUGAUUCGUCGAGGAACUGGACUUCUUGUUCUCACUAUUGCGGGGAUAAUUUUUACAAUUCUUCAGUCGUGGCUAAUCAAAGAACCAGAAGAAUUAAAUAUCACAGAUAUUAAGCAACCAAUAAUUUUAUGGUGGAAGAAAUAUGGUACAGAGGGUAAGAGAACAUGUGGGGAAUUUCAGUGUUACUUCUCAGCAAAUCGAGAAUUACAAGCACAUCCCUUUUUAAACGCAAUUAUAUUUUAUGGUACUUAUCUAAGCUUUGACGAUUUACCGAUUCCAAGACCAAGACAUAUUCAGUGGGGAUUGUUACAUGAAGAAUCACCUCGCAAUAAUCCAGCAUUUGUUAACGAAGAAUUUUUAAACCUCUUCAAUUAUUCGUCCACAUUUAGUCGAUUUAGCGAUGUCCCGAUUUUACAAAUUCCAGGAAUUGAGGAUUUAAUGACUACUAAAUUCUUCGUCCCUUUUGAGAAAAAGGAUCUUCUAAUCUCGCAAGAUGAUUUUGCUCCUUUGUUAUAUAUUCAGUCAAAUUGCGAUUCUGUUAACGACAGAGAUGCUUAUGUUUCCGAAUUAAUGAAAUAUAUUCGAGUCGAUGCUUACGGCGAUUGUCUAAACAACCGCAAAAUGCCAGAGGCGUUGAAGCAUGACUACUUGGAAGCUUUAUGCGAUGAGGAAUUUUAUAAAUUUGGGGCUAGAUAUAAAUUUACUUUGGCCUUUGAAAAUGCAGAUUGCGAGGAUUAUAUAACAGAAAAGCUUUGGAGGCCUCUCAUUGUUGGUUCUAUACCAAUUUAUUACGGUUCGCCGACUUUUAAGGAUUGGCUUCCAAACGAUAAAUCAGCAAUUUCAGUUCGCGAUUUCGUAAGUCCAAAAGAAUUAGCAGAGUUUGUAGAAAAAUUAUCAAAAAAUCAAAGUCUUUAUGAUGAAUACUUAGCUCACAAAUUAGUUGAUAGAACUUUAUCCUUAAAGAAUGAACGACUUUUGAGUCUCUAUUCAAAAAAACCACAGGGUAUAACUUUUGAAGAGAGUCUUAAUGAAUUUGAGUGUCAUAUUUGUAAAGCAGUGAGUACUGGGAAUAAAUCGAAAAAAUCUGUAGUAACACGGAGUCAUUUCAGUUGUCCAAAUCCAACAAGUGCUCUAACUCGCAAAGUCAAUCCAAAAAAUCCAUGGGUGGAUUUUUGGAAGGUCAGUAAAUGUGAGGCAAAAUUAAUUGCUCAUUACGUUACUAAUAAUAUGAGAAUUAACAAGACUGUAUUUGAGGAAGAGAGAUCAAAAAUGUACCUGAAUAAGGAGUGUUAAAUAGGAUAUAUAUAUAUAUAUAUUU